AACCGACACGGUCCCAUUGAGGAACAGCCGGGGCUCAUGCUACAUACAUAGCGCCAUUAUGUAUGCAGUGAGCUCAUUUGGUCUUUGACCUCAACGUUCGAGAUGAUGACCUCGAUAAAGACCGAGUCCAUUCACGAGUUCAAUUAUCCACGCUCCACAUCUCCUCCCAAAGAGUCUGUUAGAUCCAAUGCUCAUCCAUAUGCUAUAAAAACUACUUCCAUAGCGCUCCUUUCUCGCUCGAAUUCGUCUUCCAGAAUUCAUGAUUCUUCCCAUUAUCACUAUGUUCCUCGGAUUCCGCCAGCGACCAGCUUAGAUCACAGGAAACACGAGGGUGCUCACUACAGACAUCGUUACAGCUCCAAAGCGGUGAACGACUCUUCCGGCAAACAUCCGCGGACAUUUUAUAACCCUGUGGUCUUCCCAGGACCCCUUACGCUUGAGAAUCUUCCUCCCAACCCAAAAUUGUGGACUCCUUCCCAACUCUGUGCAUAUCUUUCUACUGCCCUUCGGGUCAAAUCCGGAGAGUCGCUCCAACUUCCCGCUCCAGUGGCGCGCGAUAUCGCGAGCUUUGUUCGAGAGAGCAAGAUUACAGGAAGGAUCUUCCUCAGACUUGACGAAAAAGAUUUGGAGGCUUACGGUGUCAACAAGCUUUGGAAGAAUGCUUUAGUUAAGACCAAGAAUGCUUUAGUUAAGACCUCACAAAUCUUGCGCCAGAACGACCUCAAAGAUCAGAUAUGGGGCUUUGUGGAGGAGCCCGAAGAAACUUCGAAUGGGAUCAACUUUUCAUCCUCUUCUUUCAAUCAUUCAUUCCCGAAUGGUCUGCCCGUAUACUCUUCUGCAUCAUCAUCAUCAUCCUCCAACGACCUUUUUUCACCCACCGGUAUCAGUCCCUCGGUCUCGUUCACAACACGUUCGACUUCACCUAACGGUCAUUCUCAUUAUAUACAUGACAAUCGAUCUCGUCACGGAACAGUCAAGGGUAUGGUUGAUUCAUUUGAGCGUUCUUCCAGCUUCGAUGAAGGUGAUCCCACCUCAGCAAAACUGUUACAAGAGAUCAAAGGCAACCGUGAGCUAGAUUUGGAAAAAUUGCGAAAGAUAAGCAGAGAAAGGAGUGGAAGUACCAGUAGUAUCUCGAAUGGCAGCUCUGGGAGCUCUCAUUCCCCUACCUCGUCUUCUGACGAUGACAGCGAGCCUAGCGCUUUCGUCGGUUCUCCAGUGGAGGAAUACAAUGUCUCUACAAUCACUUCUUCGCGCCCUCUCCCGAAUCCUCCCCGAAACGAAAUAGAUGAUGUUCUCUUUGUUUCUGGACUUGAAGAACCUUCGAUCGAGGAACUCCUUGCUCCAGAAGGUAGAUUGGAAGAUACGAUCAGCAGUCAUUCCAGUCUAGCAACUUUGAAUUCCACAUUCAAAAAUCAAACCCCAAGUUUCGCAAAAAGCACCUUCUCAAUUUCAAAAGGUAAAGGUAGAGCGAAAAAACGGGGAGGCGUUUACGCGUGGGAGGAAGAGGUGCAGGACCUGGGAGCCGCAGCUCCAGGAAAAACUGCCGCGAAGAGAGUUUUUUCUCAAAUUCCGAUUCCCGCAGCCAUGAUGUCUUCUGCUUCCAGUGCUAAAGAUAUUUUUGAGGCCCUAGAGAAUGUUGACGGAAACAUCCGGGAGGACCAACUACGAUCUGUGGAUACAUCUUCUCCCGCUCUUGUAAAGUCAGGACAAGGUUCAGGAAGUCAUACUCCAUCCAGACCUCUUCCGGAGAUUCCUCUACACCCAUCGCUUGUCGCCCUGCCAGAACCAGGAGAUAUAUCUUUUAGCCCAGUAAGUCCCAAGGAGACGGACGAAGAAACAAGGUCACAUGCUUCUAUCGCCGAAAUAACCGGGCUCUUACAAGCUUUUGAAGUUCGAUUAGCGGACGUAGAACGCAAGGUGGAUGUAUUAGAUGUUGAGCUCAAGGAACUUGAAGUAGCGAAUCUAGUCUGGAACAGGCAGCAGGCCGAACACGCUGUGCAAAUCAAGGAUGAAACAGAACAAACGACACGCGAAGAUAAAGUGGAAGAAGUAAACGAGCCUUUAUUCCUUUCCGAAUGGCCCAUCAACCGCAAGGUCAUAAACCGCGUAUUCCGUUCUUCACCCGCCGGACAACCUCCGUCCAUUGUGUCUCGUAUAUUUCAUUCGCAAUAUUGGCGUUCUGCUUCACAUAUCAAUCCCCAGACGCUCUCCCAGCUUCCGCCCUAUGUUCUGCUCGUUGGGCUGGGCAUAUGUGCCGUGGUGCUCAGGGUGAUCGCGCGAAGGUUAACUGGGAAAAGAUAAACCCUUUUCAGCAUCGCCGGCUUUCACUUAUUCUCGGUGCUCAAUUUCUUGGCUUAUUCCCAUGAGUAUUUUCCUUCUUUCUCUAUGACAUAUACUUGAAUUCUAUCGUAACCAUUCCCCAUCUUAAUUUGCCUUUUGCUUUUUCAAGGAGAUAUCGAAGCUACACUUAAAUCCCUUGCAGUUUUGCCUAUAUGUCGUCGUUAUGUUUAUUCAUUUAUAUCUUCCUUUGCUUGCAGUUGUUUUUUUCCUUUGUUUCCGCUUUUCCGUUGUGACCUUUUACGAUAAAUCGACGACGACAUGAUACUGACGACCUUCUCUGUUGCUAAAUAGCACUCUGGUCUUGUGACAC